AAUUAUUAUGUCUACUUGUUUUGACGUUGCGGUCAUUACACGUAAAUUAUAUUGUGUUAGGAACGUACUAUCGUUUAGCGUAUACUUCGCGAAAAUGGAAGAAUUUUAUUUUAUGUGUUGUUUAAAGUUCCUGGUUUCCAAAACAAACUGAAUGAGUUUUCAACGCAAAUUUUCCAAAUCCUUGUAAUGUAAUGGUUGAAGAAAGUUAGUGAACAUCAAAACAUAGCGUAUAACCUCAAAGUUGUGUUAACAAAAUGAAUUCACAAGUUUGUUCGAAUUGUCGUAAUGAGAAGCCUGUAAAUUCGACUGAUAAUCGCUUGGUAACGGAGAGCUGUGGUCAUGUGAAAUGUAUGGACUGUUUGCUGCACGAAAAGAAUGGUUGUGUUGCUUGCCUUAAAGAAAAGUCCAAGUUAAAAAUUGAGAUAGAGUUGACUUUGGUGGAGACUGUUCAUGAGGACCGGGCUGCUGACGGCGAGACUUUGGAGACUGACGACAAGUCGUACGACGACGAUGUCAACAAGGAAGUUCAGUGCGAGAUAUAUGAUAAGAAGAAACCUGAAACAUCACAUAUUAAGAUAGAAACUGAUGCAAAUGGUAGAUGUUACUUAUGCACAGUAUGUAAAAAGAAAUUCCAUGCCCGAAGCCAAGUGGCGUACCAUGCAUACUGCAAUGGACAGCGGAAGCCCUUCCAGUGUCCAGAGUGCAAUAAGAGCUUUGCAACCCUCUCUCACUACAAGUAUCACAUGCGCGUGCAUCGCAACGAGCGCACUUACUCCUGCGACGUGUGCAAAGAGGGCUUCUUCCAGAUGUCGAAGUUACAGCGGCAUAAGCUGAAGCAUACUAAAGAGAAGAAGUUUGCAUGCAGCCAAUGUAACAAGGCCUUCAACAAUUUAUCCUCGCUACGUAAGCACGGUCUCACACAUACCGAGGAGCGGCCAUACGGGUGUCCUACUUGUGGUAGCCGGUUCCGGGAUAGUUCCAACUUUAGGAAACAUAUGCUUAAACAUGAGCGCAAGUGCGGCUGCGUGGGCUGGGGCGCGUGCGGGCGCGGGUCGUGCCCGCUGCGCUCGCUCCGCGCGCGCGCCACGCACCAGUGCCCGCGCUGCCCGCGCGCCUUCCACUCCGGGAAGGACAUGCGCAGGCACGCCGCCGUGCACACCGACUCAAAACCAUUCCGUUGCAAGGUGUGCAACCGUCACUUCAGAAGAAAGGACAACCUCGAGCGUCAUAUCCGUAACACGCACCCAGACUAUGUACCCUCCACCGCCGUCGAGUGCGACGAAGCCGCUCUAAUACAAAUCCGAGCUAAUGGUCACACGACUAAACCUGACGACUACCAAAAGGGCGAAAAGAUCAAACUAGAAAUCCUAAACCCUCUACCGCCGCUACCAGAAGACGUCAUACAAAAACACAUGCAUGAAAACGGCAACCGUAAAGAUGACACGGAACCAGAAACCAAUAUUGACAAAUCGUACAUUUUAGUCGCAAACAACGCUCGUCAAAGCGUCAUUGUCGGUAACAAGCCUACGAGCGUAACGGAAGCAAAGACUCCUAAUGAAGAAUGUGAAUACGUACAUAAAAUACGGAAGGCAUCUAUAAUACCGCUGCCGCCGAUCGAUGUGAGGAAAAUGAUUGAAUUGGAGGAACAAACCAAUUUGAAUAACUUGGACUUGGGGGCGCCGCCGAAGGGCAAGAAGACGUUGUACGAGAAAAUUUUGUAUGGAGAUAGAGACAAGCGAGAUCAUGAGGAUGGGAAUGUUGAUCCUGGUGCGGGGAUACACUGGAGGAGGAAGCUGAAGCAGUCUGUAUCCGUAGAUUUGAAAUGAAUGAAGGCUGAAUUGAAGCAGGGUGGACAGGGCAGGUAAUCCUAGUAUAAUACCUAUUUUAUAUGUAUUGAAUGCAUUUAUAUUCAACGACGUUUCAUACAAUAAAUCAAUUUACACUAAAACAAUAGUUAUAUCAAGUUUGUUAUUAUUAAGCAUUAAUCCUGUAUAAGCAAAAAUGAAGUUUUUACGAUAAAAGGUCCAUUAUUAUUUAAGUAGUGAUAGAGUUGUAGCCAGUAGAAGUAAAGAAGAAAGCAAUACAAACUAUCCCUUGGGACUCAAUACAAUAGUGUAGGUAAUUCAAGUCAUCUUGGCACACGGUUCAAUGUGUGGGUGACUCCGUAAAUGUACAGUGACGCUGUGUACUGAUACCGUCUUUAUUGUGUGUGUUAUAAAGCUUCAAUAAUAAGCAAUCGCACGCACACAUAGCGCCGCAGGCACAAAUGAGUUGAACAAUCAGUAGUACGGUUGUUGGAGUAAAGUGGAUCAGAAAAUAUUCAGUGAUUUUUCCUUUUACGUAAUUUUCAAGCCUUUUUAUUCCCUUGUCAUACUUUUACAAUAUGCUAAUGUAUUUAGUCCCUGGAAUGAUAAUCAUCACCCAUGUUUCCUAACAGUCUUGUGUCUGUGUGAUUCUUUGUAUACUAUUUGUAUGUUAUCUUAUUAAUCGAAAAGCUCAUGUAUUUUAUUCUUGUUUGGUUUCGUAUUUGGUUAAAAAAUAUUUAAAAAUCAAAUGUUUACUUUUUUUAAUAUUUUUUUUUUCUAAAUCAAAAUGAUUUGAAGUUUCUUGACUGUUAGAUUUUUAUACAUUUUUAGGAACAGAUAUUAGUGUUUUUUUUUAUGUAUUUUCUGUAGUUAUUAACUGAAUGCUGUACUGCAAGUCGUAACCAGUCAAUAAUAUUACUAACACUAGCACGUAAGGGCGUCCAAGACGCGUUAGUUUUAACUCGUUGCUAUUAGCUGUGACUCUUAUUUCAUAUAUUAUGUAUUUUAUUAAAUGUGUAUCCCAGAUUUUAAAGUGUUAUCCAAAAGGUUUUAUUAAAAUUAUUAUUGAUUGGACGAUGCCACGGACCAAAUCAUUUGAUCUCUAACGGUUUUACAUGUUUUAAAGGUAGUUUAGAAGUUGCGAGAAAUUGGUAUAAAUUGCAAUACAUAUCUAGCUAUGAUAUAUCACUUUUGAUGAUGACAUUUCACCAACCCAUCGCGGCCCCGUAAUAUGCGGACUGGCUGUUUGAAAUACACCCCAGUGAUAUGGGUAUAAGCGUGUUUGUAUCGCAACUUCCUCGGUCUUUCUCGCAUCGUCUUAAUGAGCCCUUUGUUCGCAAUUUGUUGGAAUGCUGUGACGGGGGUUGAGACUGAUUGUCAAAUGGACAGGAGCUUAGAGGUUAUAGAUUUACAUUUUUGUAAAACGACCUGCACGAAUUUGGAAUGACUUAGGCUCUUCACACACGAGGUAAUCCAAGUACUCGAUGGUCGAGUAUUUUAGACUCCAAGCAUUAACCAUACAAACUCAUCAAGAUAGUUGAAACCAGUGUCUGAGACUUGGUUUACCUUGUGUAUAAACAGCCUUAGGCCUGAUUCGCACGGGAGCUUUUUUAACGCCCGUUAAAAAUGCGUUCAAAUAGAACAAAUGCACAUUUUCAUACGACUAUUCCCUUUAGCGCUCAAAAUGCAACACUACUCGAUAAAAAAGCGUCGCGUUUUAAAAACGCGGACGUAUGAACAAGUACUCGGAAAUGCAUUUGUUCUAUUUGAACGCUUUUUUAACGCGCGUUAAAAAAACUCCCGUGCGAAGGCCUUAGUGUGGAAAAAAUUGAAAGGACUGUUUUGAGAAUGUUGUUUUAAAAUAUCACAAUAAAAUGCUCAUAUCGAUAGUUUGGUCUGCCAAAAGAUUCUAUGUGAUAAAUGCGGUUUUUCGAUUCUCGAUUCUUGCGUAAAAAUAUAUAAAUAAAAUAAAAUUAGUUUUUAUAAUGUCGACUGAAGAUCAUGAUCUCUGAUGUAAGCUGAUCUCACGUAUUUUAAGUUGAUGUUUAACAUUAUUGCGCGUACGGUCUUGCAUAAACUCGUUCAUCAGUUUUCGACUCUACAUCAUCGAAAAUGUAAUUAUUUGCCAUUAUAAGUAAGAAAAUUUGCUGCCUGGACAGUUUAAUGUUUACUUAUCUAAUUUAAAAUGUAUAAUUAUAUUUUUUGUUGCAAUUUGAAGCAGUAAAAAGUUGCCUAAUAUCCUUUAUUUACUGGGGAAUUUCUUCUCUUUCACCGACACUUCAGCUAACGUCGGCACACAUUUCCGGCCCAGACCUAUUUUAUUCACCCAUUAAAUUUCUAAAAUAAACCUAAACGAAAAAUUCAGAUAAUUUACUGCACAUAUUUCACCAGCUAAAUUCAACUGAACAUUAAUUUAUCUGAUAUGGACGCUACCCAACUUUCAAUUGUCUUGUUACAAAAUUACAUUAAUUUAAACUUUUGAACGAGUUAUAGCAGCCUGCCAGUAUACAUACAUACGAUGUACUGACGAGCUUUUUAAUUAUAUUUUCAUUAAUCAACAUGAAUUUAAUUUCACUUAAAAUGCGUAACCCAUUCCUUACUAUGUAAUAAUAAUAAUUUUGUUCAUCAUUGUCUCAUAACUAUAUACCGGUUUGAUACAAAUAAAUGAAUUGAAACUUU